GGAUGCUGCAUACUCAGAAGUCAGUUGACUUGGGGUCUUUGCUCUGUAGAGAAAUUGAAUUGUGAUGGAGUUACCAGAAAUGCCAUCCUCAUUUAGAUAGAUGUAUCACAUACACAUAGACAAUGAUGGUAUAGUAAAUUCCACUAGUGGCUACGUGCAUCACUUAGACAAUAGUCCAAGAUUGCUCCUCAUGAUCCAGCGCACUUGCUAUAAAUCAAGCACAUCCCAGUUCCUUCCAUUGUCCCAAACCCUCAAUAUUCAGAGAAUUACAAUCCCAGCGACUACAAUAUGUAUCCUCUAAAUCUCAAAGACAUGCCCACAACAGCAUCGUCCAUGUUCUCGGCCUAUGCCUCCUUCGCCGCAUUCAUCAUGUUGGUCAAGUCCAUGGCGGACCAACUCAUGUCACUCAUCCCCCCUCAACUCCGCUCAUACUUGUACUCAAUCCUCCUCCACUUCUACACCCCUCACUCCUCUGACCUAACUCUCAUCGUGGACGAGAAGUGUGGCUACAUGAUAAACCAAGUCUAUGAAUCCGCUGAGGUGUACCUCAAGACCAAGAUCAGCCCACUCAACGAGCGUCUUCGAGUGAGCAGAACACCCGGACAGAAAACUCUCAGCAUUAACAUCGACAGAGACGAAGAAAUCAUGGACACAUUCAACGACAUCACACUGAAGUGGUGUUAUGUGUGCACUGAAGCAGAAAAAAGUGGUGACAAGGAAAAGCGUAAAUUUGAGCUGACUGUCCAGAAGAAACACAAGACCGAGGUGACGGACUCAUACCUGCCCUAUGUGUUGGCUCGGGCUGAUGCACUUAGACAAGAGGAAAAGGUCCUGAAGCUUACUUCCGAAAAUUCGGAUAAUUCAAUAGAUCUUGAGCACCCUUCAACUUUCGACACAUUGGCUAUAGCACCUGAGAUCAAGAAAAUGAUUAUCGAAGAUUUGGAUAGGUUCUUGAGGAGGAAGGAGUUUUAUAAGAAGGUUGGCAAGGCUUGGAAAAGGGGGUAUUUGCUUUAUGGUCCACCUGGUACUGGAAAAUCAAGCUUGAUUGCAGCCAUGGCCAAUUAUCUCCAGUUUGAUAUUUAUGAUGUGGAGCUUUCGAGUGUUUAUAGCAACUCGGAUUUGAGGUCGAUUAUGCUGUCUACAUCCAAUCGUUCUAUUUUAGUCAUUGAAGAUAUUGAUUGCACUGUGGAAGCACAAAACCGGGAAGAUAAGAGAAGUGAACAAUCUGACACCAACUUUACACUCUCGGGACUACUGAACUUCAUAGAUGGUAUGUGGUCAAGCUGCGCUGAUGGAAGAAUUAUUGUGUUCACAACCAACCACAAGGACAAACUAGACCCUGCAUUGUUGCGUCCUGGUCGAAUGGAUGUGCACAUUCAUAUGUCGUAUUGCACUGUGAGUGGGUUCAGGAUUUUGGCCUCUAACUACCUGGACAUUCAUGAGAGCAACCCUCAUCGCCUCUGCGGAGAAAUUGAAGGGUUGAUAGAGCGCAUUGAGGUGACCCCUGCAGAGAUUGCUGAGGAGCUAAUGAAGAGUGAUGAUGCUGAUGUUGCUCUUGAAGGACUUGUUAAUUUCCUCAAAAGAAAGGAGGUGGAGGUUGCGAGCAAUAGUACAAGGGAUGAAGGGACUAAAAAAGCUGAAAUUGAAGCAACAAAUUAAGACGCAGGAAAAGAGGCGCUGAAUAAAUUGUAUCUAAUCCUACAUUAGGUGCUGUUUCCUUUUUUGUUAUGACUACUGUAAUCUUUCUGAUAAAAUAACUCACGUAAUUUGAUUUCUAAACUUAUGAAUGCAAGCUCAAGAAGAGUUGAUUACCUGAA